AUGACACCUUCGGAAAUUGCAAACGAAGCCCUCAACUCCACUCUUGAGGCUGUGCAACCGCUCAUGAAGCACUGUAUGAAAGUGAAGGAAAGUGACCCAACCGCAUUGAUAUUCUCCGAUGAGAUUGCCAGACGGGUGGCAAAAGAUUUGAAGCUUUAUGGGGGCGCCGCCACAUCGUUCUCCCCUCAGCUGCUGUCUUGUGCAGCCGUAAUACGGCAGCAUUCAAAAGCUGGGGCAUUUGUAUCAUUGCCUGACUGGAACUCUGUGGUGGACAACGACCCACGCAUUAAGACACACCCACGGUUCCACAAGACUGUAGGCUAUCGUCCUCCACCCCCCGCAUAUCCGGAUGCAGAACCGGAACCCAGCAUGUCGUCAUCCACUGUCCCGGCAGAGCCAAAUUCAAUGAGAGGGACCCUUGUAAUUGCAUCAAAGGCCCCAGACCUCAUUCAGUCGCUCUAUGUUGUCCCGGAGGUGCAACCAAGCAUAUCUGAGUUGCUACCUCCUGCUGCACUGGUUGCGGAACCUCUCAUAUCAGGUGUACGAGGUACUGCAACCCACAUGCUCAAUCCAGAACCAACACCCCCGUGUUCCAUCUCAAUCGCUCCCGUGACAGUCGGACGAAAUGUUAAUGGAAAUAUAAGAACGGUACGGCAGGGCAAUACACCGACCUGCCAGCCGCAGAAAAGGAAACUGGAAACAGACGGCAGCGAACCCGAACCAAGUUCGAGAAAGUUUGCGUCGGAUGAAGAGGGGAAUGGUGCCACUGGCACCAUUCAUGUGAAGAGGGCGUUGUCUGUGACAGCCCGCAAAGCUCGCACACAGACGUCUCCAUCCGAAAUUGUGGACGAGAGAGGUUUUUGGGAUGCAGAAUCCAGGCCGGUCGGAUGGGGUCUAGAUGCCACAGUUGCUACGGCAGUAGAGCAUUCCGUUCGCUAUCAUCCUCAGAAAUGCGACAAAUGCAUUAAAAUGGAUGUGCAAUGCAUUGUAUUGCCGGACAAGAAGUUUGGGUGUAUGAGACUCGCCUGCGCAAACUGCGAUGAGAUGAAGAUUACCUGCGCCAUCGACGGGGUUGGUAUCCGGCAGAGGCUGCAAGCAAAGGCGCACAAAGCUGUGAUGAAAACCGGUGUCGAUCCAGAAGUCAAACGUUCCAGGACGCAUGCACCCAAGUCGCGCACUGCUGUCAAAAUACCUGUCUUAUCAGCUCCUCCGAAAACAGCUAAACUGUCCAGACGUUCAUCCUCCCUUGCCCCGAAGAAAGUUGUGUUUGAGAACCCACCGAUUAAGGUCGGGCAAGAACCUGAGGACAUGAUGCCGGAUGAUGCGAACAUGAGGGCAUCACGUAAUAUGCAGUCAUUCAGAUCUCUACAACUCCCACCGGUCGACAUGCCAGCACCGCUCAUAUCUUCCAUGACACCCACCCCCUUAGAGCCUGAACCCACCGCAAGAGACAUAUUGCAAAGCAUACACGACCUCGGUAGGAGAUUCGAUCUCCUGGCAAAUGACGAGCGGGUGGAUGCUUUGCAUGUGAGGGUAGAUUCAGUGAAGUGGAGGAUUAGUUUGAAGCUAACGGCGCUGGAGGAACGGUUCUCCAUAUCUAAUGCGCAUCAGGAAAACUAUCAUUAUGCGCAUGGCCCUCACGCACACCAUACCGCAUAUGCACCCCAGUACCUCCCGGAACCAACCAUUGCAUCGUGGCCGAAACACAAUCACGCCGGCGAUGAACCCCCGGGUAUCUCCACCAUAGGCAGAGAGUACACCCAUGCAUGGGAUCUGCAAGACAAAGCCCAGACUUCGACAUCUGGUUGGCGGCAGACCAACUCCCUGGAUCCUCCUUAUAUAUGCGAGGCUUCGAUUGCAUCUUCUCCAUUGUCCAGCACGUCGCCCGUCAAAUCAGAGGAGUAG